AUGACUUCAGACACGAAAUUCCUCAGUAACGAGGAUAUACUCAAAGCAAUAUCUACAUAUUCCCUAACAGCCCGACAUACAGGCCAUUCCUUCUACUUUUACUUACUGAUAUCGUCUAGCGUAAUAGUACUAGGAUUAUCCAUAUAUAAAUAUUAUCGUCGAGGAUCAAUUCAUGAAGAUAUAAAAUGUAGCAUAAAGGGUUUAGCAUUACUUGCGGGUUGGAAUUUAUUCAAUACGUUAAUAAUACCUCAUAUUAUACCCAAUUUAAAUCAAAUUGCAAAUUAUUUAGUUAAUCAUAAUGAACAAGAACACGCUAAAACUGAUAAUUAUAUUUCAUUAAUAAAUACUAGACUCUCUAGUGAUUUAAAUUAUAUUUAUUUAAUGAAAGAUGGAUCUAUAUUCUUAUUACUGAUAGUGUCUAUGCUAUUAAUUCAUUUCUUUUCUAUAGGAAUGGUUAAAUGUAUUGAAUUCUUUACAUCAUUUUAUGGAAUUGAAGAUAAAGAAGCUCAAUUACAAAAGUCUCAAAUUACUGUCACUUAUGAAUAUCCAACUGGUGAAUCAUCAUCAAUUGAAGAUGUAACUCCUCCAUCUUUAUUACCUCAAUUUUAUCAUAAUCGUUAUUUUAGAAAGCAUGCUGGCAUAUUCUUAAUUGUAUUUAUAAUUUCAUUGGUAUUAUUACCUAAAUCAUUUCAAUUAAAUUCAUCAUCCAUCAUAUUCGAAACUCCAGAUCAUAAUUUUCAAAUAAAAUUCGAUCAUUUAUUUGUGGCACUUGUAAUAACUUUCAGUCUUGAUAUAUUUAUAAAAUUCUUUGAAGUUAUCAAUUUUGUUGAUAGUUAUUAUUUUACAUCCAGAAAUAAAUUUGUAAGCAUAUUUACCAGAUUUAUUUGGUUAUACGAUUGUUUUGUACUUAAUUUUACUAUUGGAUCAGUCAUAUUAUUUAGUGAUGUAAUGAUGAAUCUCAUAAAUUUAUUAAUUAAUGAAACUUUCCAUUCUCAUCAUUCUCAAUAUCAUGAUAAUUCUCAAAUAUCAGUUAAUUCUAUACAAUUUUUUACAUCUAUACUAACUAACUAUUUGUUUCAUAGUGGGUUUGCAUCCAAUGCAAUUAAUGCAACUCAAACUAAUACCAUUUGUAAUACAAAUUCUUCAUCUUGCUUACAAGAACAAAUCAUUAGUUCAUAUAUUGAUUUAUUUACUACCAUCUAUGUCACAGUAAUAGAUUGUUGGACAGUAUUAAAUUUGAUGUGUUUUGUCAUUGGUCCAUGUCUCAUCUGGUGCGUAUUGGAAUUGCGCCUUCGUAGUUUAGCACAAAUUAAAAGUUGA